AUGUCUGGAGCUCCGAGCUGUUGGUCCCCGACCCACCCCGGCUUCUUUUGUAAUCCCAGUAAAGACGGCUCCCGACUUGGCACGUUGGCGUUUGUGGUUUUUCGACGUUCAAAGGGUGCGGAGGGGACACGCGUCCAGCAGGAGCUGGGCUUGGAGAUCUUGGUCGUUCCCCGGCUGGUGGGGCAUGGUCCUGGGGGGCUGGCCCGGCACCGGCUGUCGAUAAACGGCACACGCCACUUGCACGCGGUGCGGGUUUUCUGUUACAUGACAUUGCCCGGCUACAGGCUGAUGUCAGACCUUUCAGGGCAGCUCAGCGGCGCCUGGGAGCGCGGGAUGGAGCUCAGGAGCCUCUGGCUGUCCCUGUGCGCUCUCGGGGCGCUCCUGCCCACGUGCCGGUCACAAGGGGCCGGGGACGAGAGGCCCAACAUCGUCCUCUUCAUGGUGGACGACCUGGGCAUCGGCGACCUCGGCUGCUUCGGCAACGACACCAUAAGGACGCCCCACGUGGACCGCCUGGCCCGGGAGGGCGUGCGUCUGACCCAGCACAUCGCGGCCGCGUCCCUGUGCACCCCCAGCCGGUCGGCCUUCCUCACCGGGCGGUACCCCAUCCGAUCAGGCAUGGUGUCCAGCAACCAAAACCGCGUCAUCCUGCACGUCAGCGUCCAGGCCGGGCUCCCUCGGAACGAGACCACCUUCGCGCAGCUGCUCCGCGCGCAGGGCUACAGCACGGCGCUCAUCGGCAAGUGGCACCAAGGCUUGAACUGCGAGUCCCGCAGCGACCACUGCCACCACCCGCACAACUACGGCUUCGACUACUUCUACGGCACGCCGACCACGCUCUUCGACGAGUGCUGGCCCGACCCGUCCCGCGGCACGGAGCUGGCGCUCUCCAAGCGGCUGUGCCUGUGUGUGCAGCUGGCAGCCCUCGCCGCGCUCACCCUCCUGCUCGUGGGCAAGUGGAGCCACUGCCUGGCCGUGGCCUGGCCCUUCGUCCUCCUCCUGGUCCUGUUAAUCGCCCUCCUGUCCUACGCGUGGUUCUCCAGCCUCACGUCCAGGCUGUACUGGAGCUGCCUGCUCAUGCGCCAGCACGAGGUCACGGAGCAGCCCAUGAAGGCGGCGCGCACCGGCUCCAUCAUGGUGCGGGAGGCGCUGGCAUUUCUUGAAAGGCACCGCGAAGGCCCUUUCCUGCUGUUCUUCUCUUUCCUCCACGUGCACACGCCCCUGCCCACCUCGGAUGAGUUCAUCGGCACCAGCCAGCACGGCCUGUAUGGCGACAACGUGCAGGAGAUGGACUUCAUGCUCGGCAAGAUUCUCGAUGCCCUCGACGGCCUGAAUCUGACCCAAAACACCCUCGUCUACUUCACGUCGGACCACGGAGGGCACCUGGAGGCCCGGCGUGGGCACGCGCAGCUGGGAGGAUGGAACGGGAUCUACAAAGGUGGGAAAGCCAUGGGCGGCUGGGAAGGCGGAAUCCGCGUCCCUGGCAUCGUCCGAUGGCCUGGAAAAGUGGCGGCCGGAAGGGACAUUGACGAACCCACCAGCCUGAUGGAUAUUCUGCCCACGCUGGCAGCUGUGUCGGGAGCCACGGUGCCGCAAGACAGGGUGAUUGACGGCCGGAACCUCAUGCCCUUGCUUCAGGGGCACACCAACCACUCAGAACACGAGUUCCUGUUCCACUACUGUGGGUCCUACCUGCACGCCGCCCGCUGGCACCCCCAGAACAGUGAGGCGGUGUGGAAGGUCCAUUACGUGACCCCGGUGUUCCAGCCCCCGGGAGCUCAGGGUUGCUACCAGACCGCCCUCUGCCAAUGCUCAAAUAACUCGGUCACCUACCACGACCCCCCUCUGCUCUUCGACCUCUCCAGAGACCCCUCUGAGUCCAACCCUCUGAGGCGGGACACAGAGCCUCUGUACGACCUCGUGAUCCAGACGGUGACGGCCGCGGUGAGGGAGCACAGGAAAUCCAUCACCCCCGUCCGGCAGCAGCUCUUGGAACUGAACAAGGACAUCGUGUGGCUGAGGCCGUGCUGUGGGAUGUUCCCCUUCUGUCUGUGCGACAAGGAGGAGGGCUCCCCAGGCGUGGGGUGGUAAGGAGGAACA